AUGCCAGAAAUGCACGGAACCGUCUGCAAACGUCAAACAAAAGCCGCUUCGCCUGAUUUGUCCAAGGAUGGAGACGUCAUCCUCGGUGGAAUCUUUACUAUACAUCUGGAUGUGAUUAACGACUUUCAUUCAUAUACCUUUACUCCGAAAAGCUCUGUGUGCAAAAGUUUUGGGUUUGCAAGCUUCCGACUGGCGCAAACGAUGAUAUUUGCCAUUGAAGAAAUAAACCAGAAUGAGAAUCUUCUCCCGGGAAUCACACUUGGAUGUUAUAUUCACGAUGACUGUUCAUCCUCCGCGAUCGCCUCGAAAGCAGCGUUUGCUUUGAUCAACGGAGAAGAAGAAUCAAUGGAAUAUACUGAAUGUAGAGGUUCCUCCAAUGUCGCUGCUAUUGUUGUCUGUGGUCCAUCUACAAACUCCAUCGUAACCGCAAGGACAAUUGGAUCCUUUGGAAUUCCGCUGGUUAGUUAUUUCUCCACCUGUUCCUGUCUCAGCGACAAGACAGAAUACCCGACGUUUAUUCGAACUAUUCCCAGCGACCAGUAUCAGUCCAAAAUUCUCGCUGAGUUGGUGAAAACGUUCGGCUGGACCUGGAUCGGUACUAUUAGAAGUAACACCGAUUACGGAAUUUUUGGAAUGCAAGGAUUUGUCAAACAUGUGGAAACGUUUGGGGUUUGCAUUGCCUACUCUGAAUCAUUUUACAGGACCGAUCCGCCAGAGAAAAUCAGCAAAAUUGUUCAGGUGAUUAAAGAGGCAUCCACUAAAGUGGUGGUGGCCUUUGCUCACGGUGCUGAUAUGCGGAUCUUAUUGAACGAAAUGUUGCGUGAAAAUGUAACUGGUAUACAAUGGAUUGGAAGUGAGGCGUGGGUGUCAGAAAAUCUUCUGCCCCCUGAAGAACGAUUGCUGCACUACAUCCGCACAGUGAAUUUCACAGCAAAGACGGGAGAAAUCGUGUAUUUUGACGAAAAUGGUGACCCAGUUCCAAGAUACGAAUUCGUGAACUUACAGACGAAUUUGAAUGGUAUAGUUGAGAUUGUAAACGUUGGAUAUUACGAUGGUUCGGCACCACCAGGGAGUGAACUGCAAAUGCAAAUCGAUGACAUCGUGUGGAGCACGACUGGAAAGACGGAAGAUGGAAAACCGAUUCAAGGAUCUCAGGAAACGGUGGAUGUGUGUUUUACUUUGGGCAUCGCUGUGAUUUUCUACCGGAAUCGAGAAACUCCCGUGGUCAAAGCGAACAACGCGGAGCUCAGCUUUCUACUACUCUUCGCACUCCUGCUUUGUUUUAUUUGCUCGCUUGCGUUCAUUGGAGAACCUACCGAAUGGUCUUGCAUUUUGCGCCGCACAGCUUUUGGAAUUGUGUUCGUUCUCUGCAUUUCCUGCAUCUUGGGCAAAACUAUCAUUGUCGUUGUCGCCUUUAAAGCAACCUUACCCAAUAGUAGCAUGAUGAGUUGUUUCGGACCGACACAGCAACGCUUGGGCGUAUUCGUCCUUACAUUUUUGCAAAGUAUAGUUUGCAUUUUCUGGCUGAGCUUGUCGCCCCCCUACCCCCUUAAAAACAUGAGCCAUUAUAGAGACAUCAUUAUUCUGGAAUGCGACGCGGGCUCAUUGACCGCCUUUUACGUAGUUUCGAGCUAUAUCGCUUUGUUAUCCAUUGUCUGUUUAGUGCUAGCGUUCCUUGCCCGAAAACUCCCGGACAGUUUCAAUGACGCAAAGUACAUCACCUUCAGCAUGCUGAUCUUUUGUGCGGUUUGGAUAACUUUUAUUCCAGCUUAUGUGAGCUCUCCAGGAAAGUACACAGUGGCUGUAGAAGUGUUCGCCAUUUGGGCAUCGAGCUUCGGUCUGCUGGUAUGCAUUUUUGCACCAAAAUGUUAUAUUAUUCUACUGAAACCAGAGAUUAAUAGUAAAAAGCAUAUGAUGGCUAAAGGGACAUCACUGUAA